AUGGCGCCAGUAAUACCAAUCUCCGGCGCCGGCUCCGGUCUCACCCCGACAAGGACCCUUACGCAGCCCCUCCGCGCCCUCCUCGCCCGCCAGGUCGUCACAACAGUCACGGCGACCCCCGAGACCACGGAGGAGAGCGCGUCCAACGAGCUCAGCGGCGGCGCCAUUGCAGGCAUCGUCAUCGGCUCCAUCGCCGGCUUUCUCCUGCUCCUCUGGAUCGUCAAGUCCUGCGGCAUGUGGAGCCGCCCCAAAGACUGGUCCGAGAAGGACCACCCCUACGACCGCCGGCACCGCGGCAGGUCGCCCGGCGCCCGCCACCGGAGGCGCCACCAGCACCGCUACCAUCACGAGACGUCGCGCUCGAAGCACCGUCGCCCGUCGUACGAAAUCGACGAGGUCCGCUACUCCCAGCCUGUCGCGUACGAGACGAGGCGGCCGAGCGCCUCGCCGUUGCCGCCCGCCAACGUCUACCGGAGCAGUCGGAGCAGGACGAGGUAUUAG